GAGGCAGAGAGAUAUUCACCCAAAAAAAAAAAAAAAAGUUUCAGAGAAAGAAAAGAGCGUUGAGAGUUUCAGAUCUGAGCGAUUUGAUCGUUGGUUUUCUUUGUUAAUUCCCCUUCCCCCCCCCUCUGUAAUACCCCGCUUCUCUGAAUCCCUUUCUGUUAAUCAUCUGUCUUUCAGGUUUUCUGAUUUUUGGGUUUGUUUUUCAAAUUAACCAAAAGCAAAAGCAAACUUAGAAGGAUUUCUCGAAAGCCAGGUGUUUUCAGAAUCGAGAUCCAGGCUUUUUAUUUUUUAUUUUUAGACCUUCUCGAUUUCCCGUUUUCUUCUGGUAAUUUUGUUUUGUUUUGUUUUGUGUAGUUUUGUUUUUUUUCCCCCCCUUAAUUUGGAACUGGCUUGGAGGAUUAUUUUUUCUCCCUCAAGGUUAGAGAAGAGGUUAAUUAUUUUGAAAAACCUCUUUUAGGGAAAAUUUUUUUUCGUAAUUUUUCGUUUUCUACCCAGUACCUGUUUCUUGGAUUUUGGUAAGAAUCAGGACAAUAUCUCUCUAUUUUCUCUCUGUUUUGAUUUUGUUAUUUUAGUGACUGGCAAAGAAAUGGCAGCUACAAUGGAUUUCUACAGUAGCAGACCUCUUCAAUCAGAGCUAAUGGAAGCACUUGAACCUUUUAUGAGAAGUGCUUCUCCUUCUUCAUCAACAAUAACUACCUUAUCUCCUUCUUCUUCUUCACCUUCUCCCCCUUCAACUUCUUCUCCUUCCUACAACUAUUUCUCUUUCUCCCCCUCUAUCCAAGCCCAAGCCCAGACUGGUUAUGGUUGCUCAACAUCGACGGCCCAAAUGUUUUCCGACGGGUUUUCGAACCAAGCCCUCUUGGGUUUCGAGCAGCAACCAGGCUCAAUCGGGCUGAACCAACUAACGCCAUCCCAGAUCCACCAGAUCCAGGCCCAGAUCUGCCAGAUCCAAGCCCAAACCCAACCCAACCUUGCUUACCCAACCCACAACCACCACCAGCAGCAACUUCACAGCCUGAGCUUCCUGGGCCCGAGGCCGGUCCCGAUGAAGCAAGUGGGCUCGCCGCCGAAGCCAACGAAGCUCUACAGAGGGGUCCGGCAACGGCAUUGGGGGAAAUGGGUCGCGGAGAUCCGUUUGCCCAAGAACCGGACCCGGCUCUGGCUGGGGACUUUCGACACUGCCGAGGAAGCCGCGCUGGCCUACGACCGAGCCGCGUACAAGCUCCGCGGCGACUUCGCGAGGCUGAACUUCCCUCACCUGCGGCACCACGGCUCCUCCAUCGGCGGCGGUGAGUUCGGCGACUACAAGCCGCUCCACUCCUCCGUCGACGCCAAGCUCCAGGCCAUUUGCGAGAGCCUGGCCGAGUCGCAGUCGCAGCAGAAGCAGGGAGUUAAGAAGAAGCCGCCGGCGAAGAGGUCCUCGUCGGCCAAGCAGGAAGUCCAUGAGCCGAAGGUGGAGAUCUCGCCCUCGCCGCCGUCGCCGGUCGUGACGACGGAGAGCGACGGCUCCGCGGGGUCUUCGCCGUUGUCGGAUCUGACCUUCCCCGAUAUCGUCGAGUCACCUUGGGAUUGCAACAACGGUGGUCUGGAAAGCAAUUACUUGUUGGAGAAGUAUCCAUCGGAGAUUGAUUGGGCUUCUAUUUUAGCUUAAUUUGCUGUUGCUUGUUGUUAAUGUUAUAUUUUUGUAGCUUUGUUCAAAAUUAGUGUCAGAUAAUAUGUAAUUUCGGUCUUAGUGUUGGCUGCUGCGAUGAAAUUUUAGCAGUUGCAGAGCCAAAUUUAGGUUGUUUUUUUUUAUAUUUUAUAGGUCAGUGAAUUGGGACUAUUUUUAAUUAAAUAUGUUAAUAUUGAUGUAAAAUCUCGGCCAUGGUCAGCUGGUUUUUUUCUUGCGUAGACCAUGGGAGACUGAUAAAGGCUUUUGUUUAGUUUAGUUUAUUAUAUGUUUCUCUUGUUGGGUAUGUGUUGUAAUUCAAUUUUUACUCCUCAUUAAUGCAAUGCAUGUAUGUUGUAGGAACUUA